CUGGGUGUGUUACAGCCGUAACCGCCCCCUGUCUAUGUCAGUGUGCGUUGUGUCUCUCUGUGUCUCUGUCUCUGUAUCCGGUGGAAUCCUGGCAGCUGGUGGAGACAAGGGUCCGGAUUGGAGCGGCAUCAACACCAAGCCUCCCAUCAUGAUGAAGCACUUAAGGCUGGCGAUAUAACUUCUGUCCAGCUGCUUGUGUGUAGAGAGCGUUCGUACGUGUGACAGGCCAGCGGGGUACAACCAGGAUGUCGUCAAUGAGAGGAGACAGCAGCUGGUCCCAGCCACGGGACAUGAGCAGCCUCAUCCAGGCGUGCAGUUUCAACAUCCAGAGGAUCAACCAAAACUCCGGUCAGAUCAAAAGUCUCCUCUACCAACUGGGGACGAGCGAGGAGACCUCAGAGCUGCAGGAGAGACUCCAACAGCUCCAGCACUACACCAACCAGUUGGCUAAAGAAACCAACAAACAUCUGAAGGAGCUGGGAGCACUGCCCCCGCCACUGUCUCCAUCCGAGCAGAGGCAGCAGAAACUGCAGAGGGAACGCCUGAUGAAUGAUUUCUCUGCAGCCCUCAACAAUUUCCAGGUGGGGCAGCGGAAGGUGGCUGAGAAAGAGAAGGAGACAGUGGCCAGAGCUCGAGCCGGAUCCAGAGUCAUGGGAGAUGGAGUGAAUGUGAAUGACCAGCUGGUGACAUUUGAAAAGGAUGACGAAUGGGGUCCAGACCAGACUCAGACUGAGGAGCCCGCCAUCACAGAGGAGGACCUGGAGCUCAUCAAGGAGAGGGAGACAAACAUCAAACAGCUGGAGGCCGACAUUAUGGACGUGAACCAGAUCUUUAAGGACCUGGCAGUGAUGAUCCACGACCAGGGAGAUAUGAUCGACAGCAUCGAGGCCAAUGUGGAGAGCGCUGAGGUUCAUGUCGACAGAGGAGCAGUGCAGCUGCAGAAGGCAGCCUACUACAAGAGGAAAUCUCGUAAGAGGAUGUGCAUGCUGGCCAUGGUGCUGACGCUUGUGCUCACCAUCCUCAUCAUCAUCAUCUGGCAGGCCAUCAAAUGAGAGGAGAGGCACAACCAGAUGACACCUUCAGACAACUUCCUCUGUGUGUGUGUAUUUAUGUGGGAGGACGACUGAGUGGGAAGAAGAGUUGGUUCGUUAUAUUUUAUGUCUUUGGAGGUUAACAGCAACAUGUUAGGAACUAAACUGCAAAUAUAUUUUGUGAUGCUGUUGAACAUUUUUUAUCGUUUGUUUUUUUAAGUCAAAAACUGACACAUGUUCUUCCUCCUGUUGUUUGGGCAGUACAGCUGUUCUACUUCUAACUCCACUGCUACUGCGAAUAGUACAGAUGAUAAUGGGAUGGGGAUUUUGCAGAAUGGAGGAGGGGGAUGAUUGGUGUGUGUGUGUGUGUGUGUGUGUUGACAAAAUAAAGCUAUUUGUUUUUAUGCAUGCACAAUACAAACCCUGUAUCCCUAAACCAAAAGUAACAUUCUCUUCAGUGUAACUUUUAUCACUACAGUCCCAGCUUGGAUUAUUAUGACCAAUGUUGCACAAUUUUGUACAGAGAAAGUCCAUCUUGUCUUGUUUGAGUGUGGAGUGUAGUAAGUAGUGUCUUACUCAUGAUAAUGUUGAAAGAAAUAUGGUGAAUUUGUGUCUUCAGUAAAACAGGUUGUUUCACUGCUCGUGCUCAGCAGAAAGAGAAUUAAAUACAGAUCCACCUGAUGAUGUA